AGGCAGAGGCCCUGCUGCAGUCCCCGGCCGAGCCGACGGGUGGCUUCGAGGAGGCGCAGAAGAUCCGGAUGGCGCUCGCGGCCAUGCUUGGGGCGCCGGCGCAGGUGGACAAGGCCCUCGCCUUUCUGCGCAAGCGGAAGCCGCUGGGCGACACGGUGGAGGCUGAUGAGCUGCUGCUGCAGGUGGAGCUCUUGGACCUGCUCGGUGAAGAGGCGCUGCACACGCUGCCCCUCCUCGAGAAGCUGCAGGCGUUGGAGGACAAAGCCCCGUGGCUGCAGCGGAGUGAGUCUCCAGACUUAGAGUUGCCAAGCCUUUUCGAUUGAAUGGGCUGUUGCUCGCGUAGGCGACCCCCCUGGGGCGAGCAGGCUGCGAAAGCGGCUGUUGGGCGAGUCCAUCUUCGUUGUUCUCGCACUGCCACUGCCUCUCCACUCCCAGUUCGCCCAAUGGGCUGUUUGAAAUACUCUAGGACUGUGAUGCCACGCGGGGGCCGCUCUGAAUGGCAGAUUUUAGCUGCGUCACGCGUGCAUCCUGUACACUGGCCUUGGAUGGCAAUGCUGUGACGUUACUUUCACCUGUGUGCCUUGUGGGCUGGGUUGGGGGAUGCUACAGUUGGAC